ACCCUGGGUAAAGCAUCAUGGCGGUCUGAAACGCAUUUUCAAGGAUUUUUGGACAAAAUUGGACAGUUUUUGUACCUUUGGAGACACACUUCAGACACCACCCAAGGACACACAGAAGGUUGUGAAAAAUGUCGGAUCACUCGAUGUCGACUCCAGGCCAAUCCCAGCACACCAGCAAUCUGGACCAAUCAGGUGACACCCUGAGCCUGAGUAGCUCCCUGAAUGACAGCACGAGUCUGUCCAUUUCCAUGUCCUCAGACCUGUCCAAACUAUCCACUCCAGGUAGCGCGCCUGUUACACCAGGUACAUCCAAGAUGACUCCGCCCCUCCCAAGGUCAACUCCCGUCUCUUCCCAGCUCACCAAACGCCGCAGCUCCUCGCGCUCCAUCAAACGGAAGAAAUUUGACGACGAACUCGUGGAGAGCAGCUUGGUGAAGACCACCAAGGUCCCAGCCCGCCCAACAACGUCUACAUUACCAGCAACACAAACCCCACACUCACAUGUCAUUACAGUUCAGCCUGAGAAGAAGAAAGUCAAGGUUUCAAAAUCAUCACAGAAAAGGGCCAAGAAACCUAAGCCAAUCCCAGUAACUAAAGACUUGGGUAGAUGGAAACCACAAGAUGAUCUACUUCUCAUCAAUGCAGUACAACAGACCUGUGACCUGAAGUCAGUUCACCUGGGGGUGAAGUUUUCCUGUAACUUUACUCAGAAGGAAGUAGAGGAGAGAUGGUACGCACUGCUGUAUGACCCAACCAUAUCCAAACUUGCAGUCCAAGCCAUGAGAAAUCUCCACCCAGAUGUAGUAGCAGCCAUCAAUGCCAAGGCACUCUACAGUAAAGAAGAGGAAAGUCUCCUGGCUAAAGUGACCUCAACCAGUCAGCCCACAGUUGACAUCUUUGCAGACCUCCUUCAGAAACAUCCAGAUGUGUUCCACCUCAGCAGAACUCCCAAGGUGCUUCACACACACUGGCUCCAAAUGAAACAGUACCACCUAUUGGCUGAUCAAACAGUUCAGCCCCUCCCACGCGGAGACCACAUCCUCAACUUCUCUGACGCUGAAGACAUGAUCAACGAUGAGGAACUCAAGGAAACAAAAGACGAAGUUCUGGAACAUGAGCUGGCGAUCUCAGACAGAAGACAGAAGCGGGAAAUCAGGUUCUUAGAACAGGAGAUUCCCAAAUGGCAGGUGUUAGUAGAUGCUGUCACAGGCAUCAGCCCACCAGACUUUGACAACCAGACAUUGGCUGUCCUGAGAGGGAGAUUGGUACGCUAUCUCAUGAGGUCACGAGAGAUAACACUAGGAAGAUCUACAAAAGACAACACCAUAGAUGUGGACCUGUCCCUGGAGGGGCCUGCCUGGAAGAUCUCCAGAAGACAAGGUGUCAUCAAACUCAAGAACAACGGAGAUUUCUUCAUCAUGAACGAGGGGAAACGGCCCAUCUAUAUCGACGGGAAACCAGUCCUCAACGGGCAGAAAUGGAAACUCAACAAUAACUCUGUAGUAGAGAUUUCGUGCUUGCGGUUCAUCUUCUUGAUCAACCAAGACUUGAUCAACGUGAUCCGAGCAGAAGCAGCGAAAAUGGCUCAGUGACAGAACACAACAUUAGCUGUUGUUGUAUAUAGAUGGAAAUAGCCUUCCCUGUAAAUGUACAUAGUAGUAUACAAUCGUUCUUGUGAAAUACUAUUUUUACUAUUAAACAUCUUCAUUAGUAAGGAUAAAAAGAACAGAAAAAGCGUGUCUCCAUGUAGUCCUUGAAAAGUCUAAGAAUUUGUGUAAAAAGUAUCAAAUUGUGUCAGUUACUAGAAUUAUGUUUGUAUGAUACAUAUACAUAAUGUCCAUUGUUCUGAGUAUUGUUUGAGUUUGUAUUUUGUUUUUUCUGCUUUAUAGAAAUGUGUUGUUUUCAAGGAAAUAAAGCAGAGAUUUAAUAUUU